AAGCAAAGCACACCACAAACUGAGUGAAUAGAAUUCUAUUACAGGUGUGAAAACUAGUAAACACAGGUUAUGCAUCAUUUCUAGGCUUUCAGAAUGGCUGAGCAGACGCCAGAUGAGUUUAUUUGGUGUGAGGACUGCGGGCAGUACCACGACUCUGAGUGUCCUGAGCUGGGGCCCGUCGUCACGGUGAAGGACUCAUUUGUUCUGAGUCGGGCACGGUCAUCUUUACCAGACAGCUUGGAGAUCAGGUCGGCUGGGGAGAGAAGAGAAGGUGUGUUUGUGCUUGAGCGACUGGUUAAGAGGACUCGAUUUGGCCCCUUUGAAGCCAAGAGGGUGCCUAGCCUUAGAAAUGAUGGGCUGUUUCCUUUAAAGAUAUUCCAGAAAGAUGGGUCAGUGGUGUGUUUUGACACAUCCAAUGAAGAUGACUGUAACUGGAUGAUGUUGGUUCGACCUGCCACAGACCACAAACACCAGAAUCUGACGGCCUACCAGCAAGAUGAUGAUGUGUACUUCAACACAACACAGGAUGUGAUGCCUGGAACAGAAUUGAGGGUCUGGUAUGGAGCUUUUUAUGCUAAAAAAAUUAAUCGGCCUGUUCUUAGGCCACCUGUACUCCCACCUCCACCAGAAAUGGCUUCCAGCAAACCCGGAGUCCCUCCAGUGAAGGGGGUCCCAACCGUUCCUCCAGAGACCCUUCCUGUUCCAGACCAGAUUCUCUGUCAGAUUCAGCCGGUUAAGAUCACCACAGCACCCACCACAGACUCACCUGUCCAGCAGGUGUCAGGGGCCACAUCCCUGGGCAAGACCCCCAGCAGUGCCCCCACCCCACCAGAGCCAGUCAAAAAACAAGGCAGGCCACGGCGAACAAGAACACAGAAACAUGCUCCAAGUGGAGUAGCUGAUGUCAGUCAAGAAGCUCCAGUUGCAGUGUCCAGUGAGCAGUCUCUCAGUACUGGAGCUCCAGAUGUUCCCCUGCCUGUAGUGGAUGUCCAAGAACUCAUGGCUGAUGGAGACGGCCCGUCAAUCAAAACGCCUCGGGUGACAUGCUCCCCCAUCUCCUCUGGGAAACCUGUUUUGAGGAAGCAAAUACUACGGCAUGGCAAUUAUAAAAGAGUUUACCAGUGUUGCCUCUGCAAUAAAGUGUUUCAGAACAGCAGCAACCUCAACCGACAUGUUCGUUCCCACGGUGACAAGUGUUUUAAGUGUGAUGAGUGUGACAAGAUGUUCAGUCGAAAAGAGAGUCUUAAACAGCAUAUUUCAUACAAACACAGCAAGAAUGAGCCUGAUGUAGAAUAUAGGUACAAAUGUUCGACCUGUGAGAAAUCUUUCCGCGUGGAAAAUGCCUUAAAAUUUCAUAACUGCAGGACAGAUGACAAGACGUUCCAGUGUGAGAUAUGCUCUAGAUUUUUCUCCACUAAUAGUAAUUUGUCCAAGCACAAGAAGAAACAUGGAGAGAAACUCUAUGCCUGUGAGAUCUGCAACAAGAUGUUUUACCGAAAAGACGUCAUGCAAGACCACCAGAGACGGCAUGUUGUUGGCCCAAAGAGCAUGAAACGCGAGGAGCUUGAAGCCAACGGAGAGGAGGCAUCCAAGUACAGGAAGGAGCCUUCGGCAUGUCCCGUCUGUAGCAAGGUUUUUUCCUGUCGGAGUAACAUGAACAAACACUUAUUAACCCACGGGGAUAAGAAAUACACCUGUGAGAUCUGCGGCCGCAAGUUCUUCCGUGUUGACGUCCUGAGAGAUCACAUCCACGUGCACUUUAAGGACAUCGCCUUAAUGGAUGAGCAGGAGAGAGAAGACUUCAUUAAGAAGAUUGGCAUCUCUAUGGAAGAGAGUGAUGAGAGCUCGGACGAAGAGGAUGAAAAGAAUGAUCCAGUACACCAUAAAUACAGCUGCAAGAAGUGUCAGGUGACGUUUGCCAAGGGUCGGGACUAUCUAAAACACAUAAUGGACAUGCAUAAGGAAAAAGGUUACAACUGUACUAUGUGUAAUCGCCGUUUUGCUCUGAAAGCCACGUACAACGCUCACCUGGUCAUCCAUCGCGAUCGCUUGGUCGAUCCUUCAGUGCAGAAGUACAUCCAUCCAUGUGAAAUGUGUGGACGGAUCUUCAACAGUAUCGGGAACUUGGAAAGGCACAAAAUCAUCCACACAGGAGUGAAGAGCCAUGGCUGUGAUCAAUGUGGAAAGUCCUUCGCCAGAAAAGAUAUGCUGAAAGAACAUCUGAGAGUCCAUGACAACGUCCGAGACUUUCUGUGUGCGGAGUGUGGGAAAGGCAUGAAGACAAAACACGCCCUACGACAUCAUAUGAAGCUGCAUAAGGGAAUUAAAGAAUAUGAAUGUAAAGAGUGUAACCGCAAGUUUGCCCAGAAAGUCAAUAUGCUGAAACAUUACAAAAGACACACAGGUACAAAGGACUUUAUGUGUGAAUUGUGUGGAAAGACCUUUAGUGAGCGAAACACAAUGGAGACACACAAGCUUAUUCAUACAGUGGGAAAGACAUUUUCUUGCUCAGUCUGUGAUAAGAAGUAUGUGACUCAGUAUAUGCUGCAGAAACACAUGCAGUUGACUCAUGAGAAGGUGGAGGCUCAAAGCUGCCACCUGUGCGGCACCAAAGUCUCCACCCGUGCCUCCAUGAACCGCCACAUUCGCCGCAAACACCCUGAGAUUGUGACCGUGACAUUGGACGAGCUUAAUGAUCUUCAGGAACCAUCUACAAUUGACGCCUCCACAAUCAAUAUCACACAGACCAGUGUGAAUCUGGACAAAGACACUCUCGCUCCAGAAAAAACCCACCGGAACUCCAGUCCUGCCAAGAAAAAGACAAAACUCCUGCCUCAAGAGCCGGAGCCAUCUGAUUCAGAUGAGUAUGCAGACUUCACCAUCAAAGCCACUGAGUUCACAGCCACCGUGGGAGAUGAAACCAGCUCUGCUGUGCAGAGCAUUCAGCAGGUGGUGGUGUUGGCUGACCCCAACGCCCCCCCAGCUCCUUCCCCCUCCAGCACGGUCAGUUUGACCAACAUUACAGUAACCCCCAUCACCACGCCCUCUCCAGCCCAGUACACCAACCUGCAGCCAGUCGCCGUCGGCCACCUCACCCCGAGCGAUCGACCCCUCACACUGGACAGCUCCAUACUUACUGUGACCUUUGAUGCAGUCAGCGGCUCAGCCAUGCUGCACAACCGGCCAGCUGAUCUCCAGCCAGAGGCAGUGGGGCCCCCAGGGGCCACAGCUCCACAAUCGGUCGCACAUUUCAUAAACCUCACCACCUUUGUCAACCCGCUCUCCCAUCAGCUAGAGCAGCCUGGUGUAACCUGGAGGCCAGUCGCCCCGGCCGAUGGUGCUCACACCACCACCAUGGAUGAUGCCCAUCCGGACCUACAAGCCCACCAGGCACCCCUGGAACAGCCACAAGCAAUUGCAGAACAGAGCCAUCAGAUCCAGUCACAAGUCACUGGACCUCCCCAGCAACAGACCACUGCAGCUCCCCAGAUGUUCAGCUACUGAGAAAACCUUGUAUCAGAUGCAAUUUAUAAUUAAUGUACAGUUUUGUUAGUUGAUUUAAAGGAUUGUUCACCCAAAAAUGAAAGUUCUGUCAUUGUUUACUCACCCCCCAUGUUGUUCCAAACCAGUAUGACUUUCUUUCUUCUGUAGAACACGUAAGCUGUUAGGCAGAAUAUUAGCCUCAGUCACCAUUCACUUUCAAUGAAUGGAAAAAAAAGCUGCAGUGAACAUUGUACCUGCCAUCUCAUUUUGUGUUCAGUGGUAGAAGAAUGUCAUGUGGAUUUGGAACAAAAUAAGGGUGAGUAAAUCUUGGCGGAAUUUUAAUUUUUGGCUAAACUAUCACUUUUCUGUCACUCGUGUUAAAAGGUACAUGCAAGGUGGUUUUUGUCACUAAAAGAGGCACUUCAGUGUUGUGCAACCACUCGUUCGAAAUACGACUGUAGGUGUAAGGCGUUUUUUUAAAGUGCAGCACAAGUAUCCUCCUUUUCUCCCACUAUUAUGUCUUUUGUUUGAAAAACCAGUGGACAGUUUCUGUCAAAAAACUGGAAAUGUUACAAACCUAGAGAUUCUGGAUGUAAUCAUGUUUUUUUCAUCUUUUUUUUUUUUUUUUUUUUUUUUAAGAAAAAUUAUAUUUUUUUACAAAGUUAUUGAAUGCAUGAAAUGUCUGAUUAUGAUGAAAUGUAAGUGGUAGCAUUAAUUAAAUUCAGCUGUGAUCAAGGACAAUGAAAUGGUAUGUCACAUUUGAACAAGCCAAAUUAGGAGAUUGUUUUAUGAUUGCCUUAUUUACUAUAAAAUGCAUGUACUCCUCAGCAAUUUAUGGUACAAUUAACCAAGAGACUUUAGUUUUUAAAACAAAGGACUACAAUGAUAUUUGUUUUUUGAUGUCAUUCUGUACUUCCUGCAGAAUGAUAAUUUCAUUUUACAUAAAGAUACAAAAUUAUGAAUAGAUAGAAAUGUAAUAAAUGGGUAGAUUGUAUUGUAAGUGCUAGCUGAAAAUAUUUUAUAUAUUUUUUUUUUAUGUCAUUUAAAAUAAAGCAUGCAUGGGCUUGGAUUA